AUGGCCUGCGAGUGCUUUUCCGACAUUCUUCUUGUCAUCUUAUCCGUUCUUUUCCCGCCUUUACCCGUUUGGAUCCGUCGUGGCGUUUGCACCUCAGACUCCCUUAUCAAUAUUGCCCUCUGCAUUCUUGGCUACUUGCCUGGUUUGAUUCACUCAUGGUACAUUAUCGCCAAGUACCCACCUGGCUCGUAUAACGACGCCAGAGUGUACUAUGUGUACGAGAAUGGUCCAGAUUUGGAAGGCCAGAGACAUGGCCACCAGCACCACCACAGCCAUGGUCCAGGUAACCAGCAUAGCCAUACCCAUACUCAGCAGCCUGGUCCUAUUACUGGUCCUAACUAUGGUGCUACAAGCACUACGCCUCACCAGGCUCCUUCGGCUGGAAAGAAGGGCUCGAACCCUCCAGCUUACUCUGAGGUUCCUAGGUAG